AUGGUCUCUGCUAAGACUCUCGUCUCCGUCAUCCUCAGCGCCACUCUGACUGCUGCCACCCUCCAACCGGCCACUUCCAACACCAAGGGAAAGUGCCCCGGUUCUGUGAGCUGCUCUCCCGCUAAGACCUCCAACGCUAUCCAAGCCGCCGAGUGCGCCUACAACACUCGCACAUCUGAAACCCAAACCUUCGCCGUCUUCGAAACCGACCACCAGUAUGACACCUCGAACGGCGCGCCCUACGGCACCUGCAAGGCGUACACCUGCACUGCGCCUACGAAUGACGAACUGACCAAGUCGGAUGAUGAUUGCUGGACUUUCUUCUGGAACGACAACGGCGAGUCCUCGGGCGUCGGAACCGACUGCAUCAAGAGCCCUGAUGAUGGAACGUGCGGAUGUGAGAACUCCGAUGGAACGUUUGUUUAUGGUGGUUCGGAUUGCUCUUAA